AAAUUCCGGUUUUCACUUCUAUAAAAAGGCGAGUGAAACUUGUAGAAAAAAUAUGCAGUUUACAUUUACACAAGAUCACAUUUUGUUUUUCAAGCCCACAAUCAUUUUUACUUGUCUUGAAAAAAUUUGUUUUUAAAAAUGCAAACAUUAAUUUUCCUUUUUAUCACAAUUUUUUUUGUUUCCAAAAUUAUGUGUGAUAGUUCAUGUUUAGUGGACAGAGAUGGAAACGACAUACUUGUUCGAAAUAGUAAUGUUUACAAGGUCGAGAAACAUGAAGUCUGGUUAACAAUUCCUGUAAAAAGUGAUGAAUAUCUAGAAAGAAAUUAUAUAGUUGACAUGCAAGAGAAAAAUAAUUUUUCAUUUGCAAAAACCAAUAAUGUUAUUUACAUGCAAGCUGUAGAUACUUUAGUUAUCUUUGUUUCUAGACUUUCUCCAAAUACUGAAUAUAGUUUUCGAGUUGUUGAUAAAAGUAAAAAUGAAUAUUACGAGAGCAAACAAGUUACUACAGAGAAGUACAGCGGACCUGAAAAACCGAAAGAGAAUAUGUUUUAUAUUUCAUUUGAGAAGAAUGAAGCAAUUUUAACUAGAAAAGAGCAUUAUCAUUGGCAAGAAAUAUCGACAUGAUACAGUAUCCAGUUUGUUCAAGUAGAUGGAAAUACUGAAAAUCUUAUUGAAACAGCAGUCUUAGAUGCAGAUACUAAUUCCAAUCAUUUUACUAAUCUCACACAAGGACGUAAAUAUAAAUUUAGAAUUAAGGCUCAAAAUAGAAUGGGAAUUUCUGAAUCUAUAGAUACUAGAGAAUACAUAGCAGGCAACUAUGAAAGACCAAUUGAGGUCUUAAAUUUUACGGACACAACAUGCACAAUCCUAUGGAAGAAACCAACAAAUGCGAUCAAAGAUAUGGUUAACAGCAUACAAGUUAUCGACAAGGGCGACAGAAAUAUUAAAACACGAUAUAUUUUUGCUUCUUCUGGAAAACCUUUUACUAUUUAUGACCUUUAUCCUGGAAACGAUUAUGCCUUUUCCGUUUCUACAAUGGAGGCACAACUGUCACCGUUUGCUGAAACAGAAUGUAGAACUACCCCUGUAAAAGUUAUACCCAAAAAACCUUCAGUGAAUUCUUUUAAUAUUUCAUUUUACUAUGGAGUUGUCCAAAUACAGUUGAUUGACGAUUCAAUUUACGAAGAUUGUAAAAAAGUAUACAAUGUUUUUAUUCACAAGAAAGAAGAAGGAGAUAUUUCAGUAGUACAUGAUCGAAUAACAUGCAGAAAUUAUACAGUCGGUCCUCAUUAUUUCGAACCAGGAACAUAUUUUAUUAUGAUCCAGUCCUGUCAUACAAGUACAGGAUGUUCUGCAUUAUUAAGAAGCAAAAAUUAUACUAUAGUAAAAAUGAAAGAGCCAACACCAUUAUUCUACAGAGUAUUAAAAACCACGGAUGAUUCAUGCACAAUCCAGUGGAUGAAAACAAGGAAUAUGUCAGACAUUCACUACGAAACUAUUUGGUUUUCUAAGAACUCUGUCAAUGAUGGAUAUAAAAUUAAUUUCAUUGUCAUUGGUACUGACAAUCAACCUUUUAAUAUUCAUACUGCCAAGGAUGCAUGCAUUGCUCAUCAUCAAAUAGUCACACCUGCUAAACCAAAAGAAAGUGAUUUUGAUAUAACAUUGCACAGUGUGGAUACUUUAUUCCCAAAGCGACAAAAUAUAACCACUAUAAAGUUGCACAAUAGUACUAAUAUUAAUUGUGAAUUAUUGUGGUAUGCAAUUCAAAUGUGCAUCUCAUUAAAUACUUGUUUCGAUAAGGAAAUUUUAAGAUGCAAUAAGGAUUUAAAUAUCGCAUCCACAUUUAAACCUGAUGUUUACUACUUCAAAAUUGCAACUUGUAAUAAAAUUGGAUGUUCUCAAUCAAUAAAUACCAAACUUUUAUGAUUACAUUCCAUCUGGGUCUCGGUCCUGGAAGUAAUUACAAUAUUAUUGUUGGUGUUCUUGACGGUUAUAACAUAAGCAGAAAAAAUAUUGGUGAGGAAUGCCACAUUUCUAUUUCUUAACGUAUAUAUUAUUAACAUAAUAAAAAUGUUUGCUGGAAAAAAACAUUUAUUU